CUGAUUUGGUAACUUUCUGAGUGCGAACUUUUUCUGAAUGUCUGUGUUUGUGAAUGUUGUGCUGAUCAAUGGGAAAAGUAAUAGUUAUAUUCGAUAAAUUGGCACGCUACGCUUUGCGGUCACAGAGAAUACCACAAAUUAAUUGCUCGUUGACCUGGGGAAAUCAUAUCAAGCGCCACCGCAGCACAGGGUUAGAGUCCAGCGAUACCCGGGAAAUGCUCAGCCAACUACCUCUCUUCGCUAGCGGCGAGAUCGUCAAGGGAUUCGGACGUGGCUCCAAAGAGCUGGGCAUCCCAACAGCUAACUUUCCGCUGGAGGUGGUGAAAUCCCUGCCGGAAUCACUGCCCACGGGCGCGUACUACGGCUGGGCGAACGUGGACAAUGGACCCGUGUACAAAAUGGUUCUCAGCGUCGGCUGGAAUCCCUUCUACAGCAACAAGGAGAAGAGCGUGGAGACGCACAUGCUGCACAACUUCAACUGCGACCUGUACGGCCAGAUACUUAAGAUAUGCAUUGUGGGAUUCUUGCGACCAGAGCGCAGUUUCGACUCCCUGGAGUCGCUGAUUGCCGCCAUUCGGGCGGACAUUGAGCAGGCCAAGGGACUUCUGGACGAGGCCGACAAGGCCAAGCUGAAGGAGGCUCCAUUCUUCACCGAAAAGCGCUGUCCCUCGAAGUAGUUAUUUCACUAGCUAUCCCUAACGAGGCGUAAAAGCAGGCACAAUUUCUCGCUCUUUUGUAAAUGGAAUAGUUAAUUCCACAAGUUAUCUUAUCACUCAACUGCACGAUGUACAAAGCGGAAUUCGAAUAUCGAUUCAAGUACUUAAGUUGGCUGUUUUCAUUAAAUUCCGAUUCCCUCAUCAUGACACCAAAAAAUGAAACCAAUCGCAUUUAAUUCAGUUACUUGUCAAGUUUAUAAAUUAAAUUUUUUUAUAAAUGGAGGCUAUAAUUUAUAUAAUGCCUGUUGCUUGGAAGAUGUUCCUCUUG